GCCGACAACUUGACAGAUUCUAAUGGCCGAUGCCUGAGUCUGACAACAUUUUAUAAUUUUUUCGCCAUAAAUAAAUAAUAUUGAUUUAUACGAUUUUUUCGUGAUCUGGACUUGACAAGAAAUCUCAUUAAAAAUGAUGCAAUUUAUGCUGCUUUUUAGUCGGCAAGGAAAACUCCGUCUUCAAAAAUGGUAUGUUGCACAUCCUGAUAAAUUGAAGAAAAAAAUUACAAGAGAACUUGUAACUACAAUUCUUGCCAGAAAACCCAAGAUGUGUUCAUUCUUAGAAUGGAGAGAAUUGAAAGUUGUCUACAAAAGGUAUGCAAGUUUGUAUUUUUGCUGUGCUGUUGAGCAGUGUGACAAUGAGCUUCUUACGUUGGAAAUUAUUCAUCGUUAUGUGGAGCUGCUCGACAAAUACUUUGGAAGUGUUUGUGAAUUAGAUAUAAUCUUUAAUUUUGAAAAAGCUUAUUUUAUUUUGGAUGAACUCUUACUUGGAGGUGAAGUACAAGAAACAAGUAAAAAGAAUGUUUUAAAAGCAAUUGCUGCUCAAGAUCUACUACAAGAAGAGGAGACACCUCAAGGAUUUUUUGAGGACCAUGGCCUUGGCUAGUUGCUGUUGCUCUGCAUGAAAUUCCGGAAGAUGCAACUAGAAUGUGAAGAAUAGCUGUGAGAUAAAUCCCUAAGAAGCACAGUGAUGUGUUCUCUAGGUAUGCUGAUCGUCUGUAUCAAAAUUAUUUCAAAUUUCUGCUCCUAUUUUACUUUUGCUUACAUUAGAAUUUUCAAAUAUAUAUGCAAAAUAUUUGAUAAAAGUUGAUUGGUGAAAAAUAUAUUGUAAAAUGUUUAUAAAACUAUUUUAAUAAAAGUUACAACAGAAUUUGUGUUAGUUUAC